AAACAGGCGCGAUAUGGACAAAUUUACACUUUUGGUUUUAAGUUUGCAAGUUUUCUGGCUGGCACAGUUCGCUAGCUCCCAAGUGAACCCAGUUUGCUCGAAAUUACCAAAUUCGGAUGGAUUGCUAGGAAAUAGUACUUGCUGUUCAUUUCCGAUGAUACUGGAUGCAAAAAUCUUGGAGCAAUGCUGGAAUGAACAGAAAAGUUCUAAUGUUUCAGAUGCCCAUAAGUAUUGUAAAUCGUUGGAAUGUUUCUUCAAGAAAAUUAACGCUCUCAAGGCCGACAGUUCCUUCGAUAGGGCAGUGAUGGAAACGUACCUCACCACAGCCCUGAAGGAUAACGCCGAUUGGCUACCGUUGGUCAAACAGGUUGCCCUGGAUCAAUGUUUGAUGCACGUCGAAAAGGAUUACAGCAAAAUGAUGGACUUCUUCAAGACGAACAAAAUGGAACUGCCGGAGGUGGAAAAAUGCUCCAUGAAACCGUUGCUGUUCAGCAUUUGCGUUAUGGCAAAGGGAUUUGCGAGUUGUCCGGCAAAGAACUGGACCAAAGGUCAAUCCUGUGACGAUUGGAAGAAAUAUCUUACUGCUUGUACCGACACCGUUGAAAAUACUUUGGAGUUUUACAAACAACUUGACAAAGUCAAGUGAGUGUCAUGUCCGAUUUGUAUGUA